AUGCCUACGCCUGAAUCAGAGCUGUUUCUGCGCCAGAAACCCAAAGUCCCCCCAACAUUCCAAGGUGUCGAUUUCCAAGACAAUGAGGCAGUCGCAGAUGCAAGAGAUGCAAUUGUUCGAGAACAAUGGGUUCAGAGGAUGAUGAGAAGACUUGCAAGUGCUACGCCCGAGAAGGAGUCAAUCAUCUUGAAAAGUGCGGAAAAUACAGAGGUAAUGACCCCUUGGUCCAUCUGCUAUGACUCGACGCGGACUACAUCAUAUCUAAUUGCCCGCAAAAACUCCACAGACCGCUAUCUCCAGCUCCUUAAAUCGACGCGCGAAGCCGGUUUCCGCGGCCAACAGCAGAAUUACAUUCCCGGCGUGGAUGGCCCCGCAGGCGGCCCUGAGGUUCAUACAGACUACCCGAGUGCACAAGAGGCUAAGGGAUCCAGAGGAACAGAUCACAGACCAGGCAAUACAACGGGAAAGGGCGGCGCAACGCUGUACUGA